GUGUUUCGUGUAACGAGCGUACAAACAUGAUGUGGGGCGUGUGCAUAGUAGAUGGUUUAUACAAUCAAUGUCGUCUACCCAAGUGAACAACUUGAUAAGACCUUCGGCUAGAAGAGUUGGUUUAUUCUUCGGCUGUACUGAAAUUACAUUGACUUGGUGAUCUAAUGGCUUCUGGAAGGGAAAUCGUUUCCCUACAGUUUGGUUGUUAUUCGAAUUUCAUCGGCGCACACUGGUGGAAUUUACAGGAGGCUGGGUUUGUGUACAAUGCAGACACUCCAUCUGAAAUUAAUCAUGACAUACUCUUUCGGGAAGGUGUUACAUCAGAGGGAUAUGUGACGUUUACUCCAAGGCUGCUCCUAGUUGACCUAAAGGGCAAUAUCAGCCACCUUCGACAGGAAGGGGUCUUGUAUAAUCAUAAUCAAGCUAUAACACCCAGUGACAUUCAGUGGCCUGCUGAGAAAGUAGAAUUAAUAUGUACUCCUAAAGAAGAGAAGAAUGUAUUCCUUAAUGAUUUGGAGAAGGAAGAAAAUGCAAUGAUCAAUACAGAAGCACUUGGCAGCCUUCCCAAAGUUUACAAUUUGGACAAUGUUGUCAAUGUCUGGGCUGACUACCUUCAGACUAGGUAUCACCCACGAACAGUGUCAUUAAUAAACCAGUAUGAAAACAACAGUGGCACAAAUCCCUUUGAUGUUUUUAACUAUGGUGCCAACCUUUGGAAAAUGGAGCAGUUUCAAGAUGACUUUAUUGACCGCAUCAGACUGUAUGUGGAGGAGUGUGAAAACAUGCAGGGUUUUCAUAUUCUUGUAGAUGGCUCUGAUGGAUUUGCUGGUCUUGGUACAAGUGCUGUGGAAUAUUUAGAAGAUGAAUACUCAACAAAAAGUAGAUUGGUGUUUCCAGCAAUACCAUCCAGCUUUAUUAAUACAACACCAAGACAGGACAGUGUGAGAGUGUUAAAUUUAGCACUAAGUUUCCAUAGCCUGGCAGACCAUAGUUCUCUCUUUGUGCCACUAUGUACGGGAUCUUCAGGUUGGAGGCAGCCAGGGGCCCCUAGGCAAUUCCCACAUCUGCUUUAUAAUGAAUCCUUUGCAUAUCACAGCAGUGCUAUACUUGCAACUGCUCUAGAUACAAUGACUCUCCGUUAUCGCCUGAAGACUGGAAUAUAUUCUCAACUGUCAGAAAUGACUGACACUUUGAGCAGGCUGGGCCGUAGAGCAGCAGUUGCAAGUCUUGGACUGCCUUUUGCCAUGGGAUAUGACACAUACCUACAGGACACACUGGAGAAGUGGGAAGGACCCCUUUGGCAAACACUCUCUCCAAGCUCCAAUUUAGAGAAUGAUCGUGUUUGGAUCCAGUCGGUCGUAUUACGUGGUGUACCAGAACUGAGACUUAGGAGGGCACAGAGAGGUGGCAGGAUGCAGCAGGACACAAACCCUGCAUACAUGUGUUCCACUGUACAAGAGAUGCUCAGUUUGUUCUUUUCAUGCUGCUCAUAUGCUACAGCAUCCCAUGUGACUUCUGCUAAUGUGCCUUGUAAUGUCACUUCUCCAUUCCCCCAGUUCUUUUCUGAAUUUGUUGGACUAGAUGGCUCAGUCAGAAUUGAGAGAAGGCCACAAAAUAUUGGUGUGUACUCAGUGCCAGCAAUUGCAGGAAUUCACAGUUGCCGCAGUGCGGGUGAAAUGUUGGAGGCACUGCAUUCAGAUGUUAGGAAACUUAAAUUAAAACGCUUCCACAACUUUUGCAAUUCUGGACUGGAGGAGGAUGAAUAUCGAGAAUGCCUUGAUCAUCUGGCUAAUCUUCGGGAGUGUUAUCAUGAAGAAUUUGAUAUAUAAUCUGAAUGCUGAAAGCGGCAUCUUUUUGGAAGUGUUUAGUUCAUCCAAAUAAUGCCUCGUAGGUCAUCGUACUUGCGGAGCGGAAGCAGUGCGACGAGUAAUUGCAAAUCAAACUGGGGAAGAACGGGCAUCAGCGAAUGAGCGAAACAGGCAAAGAAUGGCUCAAAUACGUGCCGAGGAAGCAGCAGAGCGAUGUGCAGCCAGACUUGAGGAUGCACAGUUGCGAGCACGGUGAUUGCGUUCUGCAGCUUCAGGUCUGCUUCGUUCUCAACAGAAUGAACGCGACAGGUUGAGAGUGGCUGAAAGACGUCAACGAGAAACAGCAGAUCAGCGUCAAACACAACUCCAUGCUCAGCAAUCACGCAAUUACAAUCGCCUUGCAUUCUGGUACAGCCCAGCUGAAGAUUAUAGUUUGAGCCGGCAUGUUCUCAUCAGCACUAUGACUGAGGUGUGUGCUUAUUGCAAGGCUCUGAAAUUUAAUGGAGAAAUGAAAGGAAUCACCAUCAACAAAGCUCAGGGCCAAUCUUUAGAAUUGUGCGGUUUAGAUCUAGACACGGAUUGCUUCUCACAUGGACAAUUAUAUGUUGCGUGUUCUAGAGUCGGCAAACCAGACAAUCUCUGUAUCUGCACAGACAAUGGAACAACAAAAAAUAUUGUAUACUCACAAGCAUUGUGAAAUUAAACAUAUUAGAAAUGUG